AUGGCUACUGAGAACACUAGGGCAGAAGCUCCGCGCUCAACAGAGGAACCCUCCUCCACCGAUUCUCCCCAGCAGCAACAGCAGACAGCUCAAACGCCCCAGCCAGCUCCGGCUCCUACCGCCGCCCCACUGCCUUACCUGAGCUACCAGCAGUAUGGAGGCGCCUACAACAACGAUAACCAGUAUUAUUACAACCCAGCCGUCUUACAGAAACCCCACGUUAUCCCCCAGCCCUCGGGGCUUGUGGAGGAGAACAAGAUGUGGGUGUAUGGCAAGCUAGGAAUGCAUGUCGCUUCCCUGGUCCUGAGCAUAUGUGUUCUAGGCAUGGGAUUGUCAUUCGUGUCCGGGGAGAACCCCUACGUUGCUGCCAUUGCCUGUCCAAUGCCCGCAAUGGUCAUCCUGUGGAGCGGCCUCGAACUCAUAAUCCGGGCCGUGUACAAGUUCAGAAAGGGUGUGCCACCGGGAGGCAUGGUCGCCGCCACGCUCAUCAUCUGGCUGGCCGGCGCCAUCGUGGGAUCACUCCAGUCCGUCUUCAUCCGGUACUCUGGCAUGGAGAGCUGCGACUACGAAUACAACUCCGAGAAGGGCUACUACGAAGACAAAAACUGCCGGGACGCAUAUGAUAGCAAAUUGGGCAUAUGGAUCGCUAUUGCCGUCCUCACGUGCAUCGCCACCCUCAUCUACUUCGGCCUGUUCGUUCGCGCCUGCAUCGACACCUCUCGCCUCAACCGCGCCCGCAACAGGCCCAUCAUGCUCGUCAACCCCACUGCCUACUGGGGUCACCCCAACAAUGGCUGGCAGCAGGUCCCCCCGGCUUCCUACCACAUGGAGGAGCAACAGCUUCAGCAGCCUCAGCAGAUCCAGCAGCCUCAGCAGAUCCAGCAGCCUCAGCAGAUCCAGCAGGUUCAACCUCACCAGCAACAGAUUACGCAGUCGCAGGGCCAAUUCUUCAUCCCUGCUCCCCAGGUCCAGGCCCCCGCCCCGGUGGCCCAGGCCGACGAAAAGGGUAAGGGAGUUGAGACGCCUGCCGGUGGUGUUCGCGAGUUCUAUACCCCUACGAGUCCGUCUUCAUAA